AUGACUAAUGAAUCUGAAUCAAUAGCAUCUACGCAACAUCUUCAUCUGCGUGAACAAAAUCAACAUCACCAACACCACUCGCAACAACACAAUUCGAUAUCAUCUCACUUUCAUCCAUCAGUCUCUCUCAGUCACUCAAUAUCGGGUAAUCCUACAAGAUCAAUUUGUAGCAGCGCUGUCGUCUCAACUUUAACUCAGGCUCAAAGUUUUGAACCAUUAUUAUCUAGCUCAAAUUCUGCCAGUCAAGAAGCAUUAUCAAGAAAACCAGGUACCCGUCGCCAAGAAAAGCCACCCUACUCUUACAUUGCCCUUAUAGUGAUGGCCAUUCAAUCGAGUCCGGGUAAACGUCUUACCCUAUCAGAAAUUUAUGCAUAUCUACAGCAACAUUUUCCCUUCUUUCGCGGAACAUAUCAAGGCUGGAAAAAUUCUGUGCGACACAAUCUUAGUUUAAACGAGUGCUUUAUUAAAUUACCCAAGGGUUUAGGUAGGCCUGGUAAAGGCCAUUACUGGACCAUUGAUCCUGCUAGUGAGUUUAUGUUUGAGGAGGGCAGUUUUCGACGCAGGCCGCGUGGGUUUCGCCGAAAAUGCCAAGCUCUUAAACCACAGUAUCCGCAAUAUUUUCCGACGGCGGUAUCGGGAGUUCAAGCUACUGGCUACGAAAAUCUCGCGGUUGCAAGCGCUGCCAGUGUCGACUAUACAAGUGGAUAUCAGAACCAAUAUCAAAGCUACCCUGAAUACGCGAUGUAUGGUGCCACUAGUAUUGCUGCUGAAUGGACAUAUCCAGAGACUUCAUAUAAAACUGCGCCACCACCUCUGCCUCCACCAACGCCAAUAGCUGAGGUUACUUACAAAACGACCGAGGUGACCUACAAAACUGGAAGCGAUGCUUCAGUCUACAGAAGUGGCGAGGGAACAGUAUGCAAAAGCGAGAUUCCAUACACUAGAGCGCCACAGGAACAGACAGUGCCUUUUAAACCAGAUAGCUUCCAAAACAGUCUUAAGGACCAUCAACUACACCUCCACCAUCAUCAUGGACAACAGCAGCAACAACAAAUGCAUCAACACCAACAUCAACAUGCAGAAAUAGCCUUUAAAAUAGAUUCGGAGAGUGAUGGCAUUUCUGGGACGACAAUUACCUACAAUAAAUGCAAUAGCGUUUCGAGUGUCGGUAGCAAUCCUAAUCAGGAUUACUAUGCAACAUACGGUGGAUUGACGGGUAAUACAAUCCAAACUCCAUCAAUAAAUAUUAACGCGGCAAUACAAGCGAUUCAAGCGAUGCCGCCGGGCUCUAGCAGUCCAAUCACGAGUGUUAGCUCGCCUCACGGAGGAUGUCAUACAUCCAUUGUAGAUCACGGUGCGAGGAUGCAAGGGUCAAAUGGGAAUAAUAUAAGUAAUUCCGGGGGUGGGAUAAUUGAGCGAAAACCGUAUUUGAGCCACACGGCUGGGACAAUGGCGUUAAAUACAUCGCUUAGCGCCUUUGGCUCUCUCAACUUGGGAAACAUCGGCGGUCUCAGCAUCCCCGGUGCGAACAAUGUCCAUGCCAGCACUACGCCAGCCUCUUGCCUCUACUAUGACUAGAUUAAGUACACCACGUGAGAAGUGUUUCGCACCCAAUGUAUAUCUGUUUGUGCGUGGCGUGAACGGUAUCACGCGAACGCGCGUGCGUGCAUGCGUGUUCUUAGACUGACUAAUUAAUGGAUCGCUUCUUUGUUCAAUGAAACUCAAUGUUUCCUUAUUUUGUGAUU